AUGACAUAUUCAAAUGCAGUGUUUGCGAAGCAGCGUCGGGACGUGCAGCUGAUGGAUGCCGAGCUGCGGCCAGUGGGGAACGAUGCCCCCCUGGGCUUUGGCAGCCUAGUGAGCACAGACUGCCAGACCAUGGGCAUCCUCCGGCUGCAGCCUGGAGUGGCCAAGAGCACCUCCAAGAGCUUGGAUCACGAUGUGAUCCUCCUAGCAACAGACAACACCGUACUAGUCAAGGGGACAAGCACUUGGCAGUUGCUCACGAAGAAUAGCUGCUGCCACAUUAGCAAGGGGGUGCCUUACUCUGUUAUGAACAUCUCACAUGCACCGGCCGAAGUAUGCUUCAUCGUGGGAGGGCCAUGCUGA